GUCAUGUGACUUCGAUGUUGACGUACACCGAGGGACAUUGGCGCGGUUUAAUCUAAACCCAGCAGCAGUUUGUGCGUAAGCUUUCUAAUUUUUAUUCGAAACAAUGUCUGCCCAUCAAAAAUACAGAUACGAAAACGAUUGCAAACCUGAUGAAUACAGGAACAAAGGCACUUCAAGAUGGACCCAUUGUAGGAAACGCGGUGCAGAUGGUAAUCUAAGAAAAUCUCACGAGGUUGGAGAGUCUGACAAAUGUUCACAGAGCUCACGCAGACAAGAAAGUUUCACAACCCCAGAGAGUGAGGGACCUGUGUCCAGAGUAAAAAACUGGGGAGAUGAGGUAGAGGCAGAGGAAAUGCGUUCAAAUGUCCAACGUGAUAUGCAUCGAUAUAGAAGAAGGAUUCUUGAAGCAGAUUUUCCUCAAAGAGAUAGAAAAGUCUCCUCUGGAAGUUCUGACUCCAGAGACUCGAAAGAUUCCAAAGAAUCUCCUGCUAAAGGUGACAUCGAGACAGACGAGACCACUCUCAUAAGGAGACAAAAACAGAUUAAUUAUGGGAAAAACACUCUUGCAUAUGAUAGAUACAUUAAAGAAGUUCCCAAGCUUAUGAGACAGCCCGGUGUUCAUCCAAAGACUCCAAACAAAUUCAAGAAGUACAGCCGACGCUCCUGGGACCAGCAAAUUAAACUGUGGCGUGUCAAACUUCACGCGUGGGAUCCACCUGCAGAAGAGGGAAGCGACCUGCAGCAGAUAGAAGAGAUUGACCUUGGUGAAAUAAUGGACUUUGAAUUGGAUGUGGAGUGUUCAGCGGAUACUGAAUCCCAAUGUCCGACAUCCAGUGGAGCAUUGCUGUCUUUGGCAGAGGAUUCAUUUGCAGGAACCCCUAAAAAGAUGAUGAAAAUUGAGGAUGCUGAAAUGUCAUGAGCAACUACACUGAGAUCCAGUCUCUAAUGAGAGAACUCCUGAGCAGCUGAAUUGUUUUAAUACACUGGUCGCCUUACCGUUUUGAGCAUUAUUGUAAAAUUAUUUCAACAGGUUCUGGUAUUUUAUUGGUAGCACAGGUUUUGACAGAUUAUUAAAGAGAAGGUUUUGUCCGUAUCACUGAAUCCAAACUGUUAUUUUCCAUUUUUAUUUUAUUUUUGGGUCUUCAAAAGAAAAUGUAAAUGUGUAAAUUUUGUAAUUGUUGAAUUUUCUAUUGUGGUAAUCAAUUUAGUGCUCAGUGGACAUUCUCUUGUAUUUAUCAGUUUGUUGGAUCUCAGGGAGGGUUCACAACAAAUUUCCAAUGUUAAAAUGUUUUGGGUUUUAAGUGUUCUUUUAGACUUUUUUUUUUUUUUUUUUUUUUUUACUUGUUAACUUGUAUUUUAUUAAGAAAUUUUUGAAAAUAAAUAUUGAUUGGAAUGACCAAAUAGUUGUCAGUUAUUUAAUAUAGAAUGUAUAUAAUUGAAUAUGCUUAGCUUUUAAGACCUUGGUAUGAAGUAAAAUUAAAAGUCAAUUUUUUUGUACAAUCUUUUGGAUUCCAGUCAAAUGGAGCCCUUAAAUGCAACAAAUGUUUGGAAUCACAAGGAAAUACUUAUUUGGUAAUGAAAUUGGUACUUUUACUCUUUAACGUUACAUUGAAGUGCUGUUUUCUCUUCAGUGAUGCAAAUGACUUUCUCAAUAUUUUGUAUCUGGCUUUACAUGGUUAAGAUUGAAACUGAGCUUAUUUGUUAUAGUAUGCAGCAUAAAAGGGUAUACUCCAAUACACCCUUUUUUUCUAAAUGAUUGUUAAUACAUUUCAAGGAAAUAAUACAAAUCUGAAGUGUAUUAUUGUACUUAUUUCUCUGUAUUAUGUACUUAAUAUCAAUUAGCCAGGUUUUUUUUUUUUUUAAAUAAAAGGUUUGGAGAAAUGAGUAUGCCAUUGAUUAAAUUCAACAAAUGUAAUAUUCUAAUUAGUGCUGGGCAAUAAUAAAUCACAAUGAUUCGCAUCCAAAAUAAACACUUUUGUUUAUAUAAAA